CUGACGCUAAAUCAACCAACCAGUAGAGUUUAUAGUUUCUAGGCGACUCUUCAAAACUUUCGGUUGCAUUAGUUCUUGUUUGUAAGCUGUUUUUGUAGGCCCUAUUUUGUUUUUUAUUUUAAAAUGUAUUCCUACAACAAAGAUUUUAAUAGGCAUGAUACAAAAAUAACCGAUGUUGUCAAAAAAAAAAUCGCUAUGGUAUUCCAACAUUGUGAUGAAGAUAAAAAAGGAUACCUAAGCAGAGAAGACGUUAAGGUUGCUGUUGUCAUGCUGUUUGGAUAUAAGCCUUCUAAGACAGAGACAGAUGUAAUGAUGGCUUCAAUUAUACAAGCAAACAUACCUGGUGAUUUGACAAGCAAGACCUCAGUAAAUAAACCCAAGUAUAAAGGUAUGCCUUUGGAUCACUUUGUAAGUCUCAUGGGAAGAAAACUGGCAGCACAAGAUAACUACGAAAAGACGAGACAGAUCUUCACAGGAUUUGAUAUCCAUUGUCAUGGAUUUUUGACUGUGGAAGACUUCAAAAAGGCAUUUGCCUCUGUUGCAUCCCAUUUACCCGAGCGGACAGUACAGGAAGCUUUCAGGGAAGUUGAUCGGGAUUCAGAUGGCCAUGUCAGCUUCAAGGAUUUCGAGUUUGUCAUCAAUUAUGGGCAAGAUGAUGUAUAGCCCCUGGAUGCUGCUGUUUCACAAAACGACUGCAUUCAAUUGGGUUUACUUCCACAACAAAUCUGAUUUGUGGAUUCACCCUUUCCUUUGUGGAAUUGACCAUGGUAAAACGACUGUGUCUUCAUAAAGGAUAACAAAAUUGCAUGUGUGCUGCACUCUAUUCAAUUGAGCUUUUUGUACAGAGGUUGUGCAAUAGUAAUCUAAUCUGCUGAGGGUAAAUUAUCCUACAGUAUUUUAAAACCUCCAGUCAUACUAUAUAUUCAUUCAGGAUUGAUGUUACUUUGCACUGAAUAUAGAUUUUUUCCUUAUUCAUAAUAUACACAAUUAAAUAAUUCACAAGGUCAA